CUAAUUGUUCCCAUUUGUCCUUGUUCGGCCAUCUUGAAAAAGUUCUUUGCAAAUCAAAAAGUAUUUUUGCUAGUUUUCAGCGAAAUUUUUGCUGUGUUCUAAAAUGUUGGAGUGCGAAGGAUAUUACCAGAAUGUCCCUAAGGAAGUACAGUUCAAUCCCUACUCUUUCAAUGGAGGAACUGUACUAGCUAUUGCUGGUGAGGAUUUUUCUGUGAUUGCAUCUGAUACCCGACUUAGUCAAGGCUUUUCAAUUCAUUCACGAGCCAGUCCCAAAAAUUAUAAAUUAACUGAUGACACUGUCCUUGGUUGUGCUGGGUUUCAUGGUGACUGCCUUACAGUAACAAAACACAUCAAUGCUAGACUUCAGAUGUACUAUCACGAGCAUGGCAAAAGAAUGAGCUGCCCAGCCAUUGCUCAGAUGCUAUCAACCAUGCUUUAUUCACGACGAUUUUUCCCAUUUUAUACAUAUAACAUCAUCGCUGGCUUGGAUUCUGAGGGUAAAGGAUGCGUCUUUAGUUUUGAUCCAGUUGGAUCAUAUGAACGAGAGAUAUUCCGUGCCGCCGGUUCUGCCUCAUCGUUACUUCAACCUCUUUUAGAUAACCAGAUUGGUUACAAAAACCAAGACCGCGUAACAGAUAUUCCACCUUUAACAAAGGAAAAAGCCGUUGCUCUCGUGAAAGAUGUUUUCACAUCAGCAGCUGAGCGAGAUAUAUACACUGGAGAUGCUGUAGUGCUUCAUCUGAUUACUAAAGAUGGAAUUGUCGAAGACAGUUUUCCAUUACGUCGAGAUUAAUUAGAAUAACACUUGAAAGAGACAUAUAAUUACAUUUGACAACAGUCUGCCAUUAUCUUUUGAACAGAGAACACAACUACUGUAAUGUCUCCGAGGUUUUAACAAUGAACAAGUCUGAAGAGUUACACGUAGAGAAUUGUAACUUUUCUAGGCUUGUUUGCUCUACGUUCGAGUCUACGUCUGGAUAACCUGGGACUACCCCUUAUUUCUAAGAAUUCUGGGGGUCCAUUCCUUUGGAUUCGUGAAGCUAAGUUUGUUGUCAUAAGUUGAUAGGCGUAGGAAUGUAUUGAUUUGAAAGUUCGUGUUCUUUAAGAUAUUCUCCUCCUUUUUCUUCGUAA